AUGGCGGCGAGGCCUUCCUACUGCCGACGCAGAUCAACUGUACAGCUCUCGCUCUCCGGAGCCCUUGCUGACCUAGACAAUCUCGAUGAGGUCCUUGAUGGUCGGCCUUUCCUCGCAGACACUGCUCUUAGCCUUCGUCACCCACACUUUCAGAAGGUUGGGCACGGACUUCGAGUACACGUCUUCGAUGGACACGGCAACGGAGAAUACCUCUGUAAUUUCGCCCUACAAAGCACCAUCGUACAGCUCUGGGGCCAAGUGCAGCCCUAUGCCCGAAACUUUAUCAUAGCACAUGUACUCUCCGAUCUUCGUUGCGAUGCCGAAGUCAAUGAUCGUGAUAACGGGUUCGUUCUUGUCGACGAAAUUCGUGCAGAUAUUGCUGCUGUGGAGGUCGUUGUGGACGUACCCACUGUCGAUAAUGUUCCGGACCGCCAUCGCGAAGGAAAAAAUGACCUUCAGCUUGGUAGUAUCAGGCAGCUUUCCCGACUGGUUCCACUGACAGACCAUUUUUCCAGCGUUCUGCAAGAUCAGACCGAGCUGGUCCGGCCAAGCGCCAACCAGCUUUUGGAGUCCCGGAGCUUCACGAAGCUGCUACAGGACUUCUAUUUCAUUCUGAGCAGUGGCAAGUCCCGUAAGACCCUUUGCCUAGGCGGACGAUGGGCUCUAGACGGCUUCAUCAUGACAGUGUCGUGUUCGGGACGUGUUCUGUACACGUCGGAGUCUAUCACGUCGCUCAUGGGGUAUUUGCCGAGCGACCUGGCCGGCACGCCCCUCUACGACCUGAUGCUGGAGGAGGAGAGGGGCGAGAUGAAGCGGUUCCUUUCCAACCCCGCCCUGGCGCCCAACCCCAACACCUGGUUCGAGGAUAACAAAGAAAAAUACACGAUAGCGGUGCACAUCCGGCGCGGCGCCACCAACGCCUCGGAAACGACUAACUACGAGAGGGUGCAUCUCACGGGGUACUUCGAGCGCUACAACUGUCCGAGCGAAGACGGCGUUCUGGACUUCAGCUGCAGCGAAGCGGAGGACUCACUUUCGCUGAGCAACUGCAGCCGCAGCGGCGCCGGCGGCCUCUUCCAGAGCUCUUUGCUUCACUCGCAGCUGCCGCAGGAAUCGUCCACCAAGGUAGUGUUCGUCGCCAUAGGGAGGAUGGAGCGGCCGCAGCUGGUGAGGGAAAUGAUGAUUAUUGAGCCCAGCAAGACCGAGUUCACGUCCAGACACAGUUUAGAGUGGAAAUUCCUGUUCCUCGACCAUAGAGCGCCUACAAUCAUCGGCUAUCUACCUUUUGAAGUGUUAGGGACUUCAGGUUAUGACUACUACCAUGUGGAAGACCUAGAGAAGGUGGCGUCAUGUCACGAGCAGUUGAUGAAGACAGGCAAGGGGACGUCGUGUUACUAUCGGUUUCUGACCAAGGGACAGCAAUGGAUUUGGCUACAGACGCAGUAUUACAUAACAUAUCACCAGUGGAAUUCAAAGCCUGAGUUUAUUGUCUGCACGAACACAGUUGUAAGUUAUAGUGAUGUCAAAGCUGAGUUGAUUAAAGAGGAGACAUCCAAGAGAAGUCCUUCUGAGCUGGAUAUCCACCCAGCAGAGGACAGCGGAGGGCUGGCUACUGCUGGGCCCUCUGGUGCGGGGCCCUCAGGAGUAGGGAUAGUGGUGGGGGGAGCUGCUGCUGCUACUCCCACCGCUGUUACGGUUUCUGGUCUUCAGGAGCAGCAGCAGAGUUUGUCCGAGGAUGAAGCUAGUCUACAACCGGCUACGACGCCGCAGCCAGGGCCCUCACACUUGCACCCACAGAAUCUGCAGCAUCAACCGCAACAUGUACAGCAGCAAACUCUUCAUUCACAGCAGCAGCAACAGCAAACCCUCCAGCAACAAACUCUUCCUUCGCAGCAGCAACAACAACAGCAAACCCUCCAGCAGCAAAUAACACAGCAACAACAACAAUCACAGCAGCAACAACAACAACAACAACAACAGCAACAACAACAACAACAACAACAACAACAGCAACAACAACAACAGCAACAACAAGUCCAGCAUCGCAUAGCCAUCCAGACUCAAGCCGUGCCCUUGCAGCGGCCCCCACAGUCACCCCUUCCUUCAGCGUCCCAAGCACCUCUUCCGCAGCAGAUAGUUCCCCUACAGCAAGAGGGUACUGUUGUAAGACUUCAAGAGGCAGGGAGCAUCGCACAACCCAUGGGACCUGCGUCACCAGGCAGCCAGAACUCUUCAUACACACCAACGCAGAUGCAACAGCAGCACCUGCCUGCAAGAGGGGAACCCCCACCCUGGCCUGCGAAAACUAGAUCAGUUUCCGGUAAUGGAGGACUAGAGACAAAUCUACCCAUGAAGAUUAAGUGUACGUCUAAGAACUGGGCUCAUUAUAGCAGAUCAAGUUUAAGAAAAGAUUCUAGUCAAUAUAGUGGUGAAGGAGGGUCAAGUAGUAAAAGAGCAAGGAUACAGCAGACGAUACAACAACAACAGCAGCAGCAGCAGCAGCAGCAGCAGCAGCAGCAGCAGCAACAACAACAACAACAACAACAACAACAACAACAACAACAACAACAACAACAACAACAACAGCAACAGCAACAGCAGCAACAGCAACAACAACAACAGCAGCAAGAACAGCAGUCGAUGAUAGAGGAGUUAGCACCUUCUCCGUGCUCAGACAUAUCAGGCACUUCACAUACCUCGAGGGUGUCACAUGGCUCCAUGCAGCAGGAAACCAGCUUACAUUUUGCAUCGAAGUCCAACAAUAAGGAAAGGUACUACCGCAAGAUAGAGCUGCCUCCUGAAUUGUCGCGGUCACUGUCUUCCUCGCGCCUUUCAGGCUCCUACGAAGAGGAGAAAAAGGAAGACCAGUUCAUGCAGAUGAUGGUUGCGUCUCCCACCGGCAGUGCCAGUUCUCACAACUCAGGGUCAGCUUCAGGAGUGCGAGGGGGCAGAGGGUCCACAAGUAGCAUUAUGGGGGCAGGAUCAGCCUCGAGUAGUCGGCAGCCGUUGCAGCAACAGCAACAGCAACAGCAGCAACAGCAACAGCAACCACAACAGCCUCAGCAGCAGCAAGGUGGAGGUUACAGCAACAUAGAUCUGCAGUACCUGAGUAAUAGUGGUGUAACCCAAAAUCCAUCAACGCCGGCAGUCAGUGGAACUGCAACUCAGGUAGUCCAGGUGGCGACUGUGCCCUUCUCUCCCGUCAUUCCCAUCAACCCCAUGGUAACCAACCUCUCCGUCCAGCUGCCUUCUGCACCAACCACUGAGGGUCUUCGCCAGUCAUUGAUAUUAAGUCCUGAUCAGAGACAACUCCAGGAACAGCUCCGGAGAAAACAUGCGGAGCUUCAGCAACAGAUUUUGAGACAGCAAGAGGAACUGCGGCAAGUUAAUGACCAACUCAUAAUGGCACAAUAUGGCAUGAGCUUACAAAAUAUAUAUAAGGGUGGAGUGCAGUAUACCCCUGCAAACUCAGUGGGCAACAAUGGAAGUUUCCAGAGCAGUGUGGCUGUGGGCUCAGGUGUGGGCAGCGUGAUAGGCAUGGGGACAGGUAGUCUUCCAGUGUCCACAGCACUGCAUCCUGGUGGCACUGUAACUCUGGCGACAGGCACUUUAGCGGGGACUUUAGCCACCCAGUCAUUUGUAACCAUGAGUACGCCCUCCUCUUUACAAUCACCUACAAAUACUGUUUCCACAAUUAACCCUGCACAAGUGAGUGUGCAGGGCAUUGGUACAGGGAUGGCGGUGCCCUACCAGUUGUCCCAACAACAGGCUCAAAUGCUGUUUGCUCAACCUGGUGGUACUGGCCAGCCUCACCAACAAUCACCACAGCACCAACCCAAGAAGUGAAAACACGGUGAUUUUUGUUCACCGCCAGACUCACAGCAGCGCCAGUCCCGAGAGGCAGAGGCUAAGGCUCUCCUGCCGGGUGUUGUGACGUCUACACCUCACUUCUCUGUCCUUCUGCCACUAAGUGACACCAGCCUGAAGACGAGGGGAUCAAGGCCUGCCACAGUCCUGAGUCAACACUGGCUGCCAAAGGGCUUCCUGCUCCCGGCGACUCGUCUCUUCCCCGUUCACACGCAAUCUACCAAAGAGUGCAUGAAUGGUUGCCCUUGUUUAGGAAGGAGAAGAGAAGAAAGAAAAGACAUAAACAUUUGCCUAAUAAGCCUAAAUUUUGAAUACGUGGAAGACUUGAAACGCUUCCUCUAGCCAGUUAGACAGAAAUAGAGACAUUAUUCAAUUCAGUCAGUUACAAUUGUGAAUUUAAUCUUUGAGAAAUGGUCUCCAUUGAAACUCUUUGACAAUCAUUAUGAAUUCAAUUCUGAAUUGUUUUGAUAUAUGAUACUUUAGUCUAGGUAACUAUCACAAGCUUUAAGGAGAAAGAGAAUAGGGAUGAUAAUUAUGUGAAGUAUUUAUGAUAUUUCUCCUGAAAGUUUGUAAUAGGAAAGAACCUGAUUACAACUAUUCAUAUCAAAGCAAAAAAUCCUUAAAUGUAAGAAUCUUUUCUUACAGAUCAAUUCUUCCUUUCUUACUUCAAGUAUUUCACAUGUUUUUUAGAAUGAAUUAAUAGCUGAAGUAUCUUUACAAAUUUCUCAUUUUCUGUAAAAAAAAAAAGAAUUAUCCCUUUCUUUAUUGAUACAUUGAAAAGUACCUGCUAGUGUAUUAUCUCAUGUAAAUAUACAUAUUUAUUAUUGAGAUAGAAGUAAUAUAUACAUGAUACAUGUAACUGAUUUUCAUGUCUUCAUACCUUUUUCUCUUUUGUAAAUGUUAUUUCCUGCCCUCUUCUGUAACUGACUGAUUGACUGAUGUAUUUAAUGAGGGAUGUCUCCUUUUUCUCUUUAUAUACACAGUAGUGAAAAAAGUAUUGCAAUGUAUAAUAAAUGGAUGGACUUGUUAUCAUCAUAGACCUUGAAAAUUUUAUGAACUAUGAUCUGAACAUCUUCAUAUAAAAAAAAAGAAAAAUUCAUAUAAGGCACAGUGACUGAACCAGACAUCAUAGUGUUCUGAAUAUACAACAUUGGUUUUGAAGUUCCAGAAAAUCUGAAGUAACGACAAUCGCCAGGGUCCGUUCAUAGACAUGCGUGUGAUAGAAGGGGAUGGGGGUUGUCAUGGAGGGACUGGAGUCUCAUGGGAAGUGUGUUCCCUUGUGCCACAUUACUUGCUCAGUUUUAUAAUCACAAUCAAAACUCAUGAAACUUAGCCAAAUAAGGAUGCAAAAACAAUCUUAGUGCUGAGCUUACCUAUUGAUAGUAUAACUGUGUAUCCUUAAUAACAUGCAAAUUGUAAAUACAGAAGAGGACGAAUUUAUGUACAAGUGUAAAGAUAAUUAUAUAUAUAUAUUUUUGUCAUGCCUUAUAAGGUAUUGUUUUGAGAUGUGAUAGAUGUAUUAUGACUAUUGAUAUAUAUGAUAUAGGAGCAGUUGGAAAAAACGCUGCCAAUUUUUACGAACAUAGUAUCUAUGUUCGUGUGCCAGCCAGGAAGUUAUAUUGGCUAGAGCAGUAUAUGAACACAUGGACAAUAGAAAUUAUUUAUUUGAUAAAGAGGGUACGCAGCUUAUCGUAUGUGAGUUUCCAAGAGAGAAAUAUUGUAUAAGGCUAUAGAUUCUGUCCCACCCUCUCAUCCAACAGGAAAAUGAAAAUAAAAUGGACCUUAUUC